AUGACCGACAAGAAGAUGUCAUCCUCGAAGCGGACCGUUCUCAUCACUGGGUGCUCAGACGGCGGUUUAGGCGCCGCUCUUGCACUCACCUUCCACGAAGCUGGCCUGCACGUUUAUGCUACAGCUCGAAACCCUUCCAAAAUGUCUAAACUCGCAGCUCUAGGCAUCGAAACGCUAACGCUCGACAUAUUGUCUGAAUCUUCAAUCGCCGCCUGCAGAAGCAAACUUUCUAGCCUUGACAUUCUGGUGAAUAACGCUGGCAACCAAAUGACCAUACCUGUAUCCGAUAUCUCUAUUCCCGAGGCCAAGAACUUGUUUGACAUCAACGUAUGGGGUCACAUUGCCAUGACGCAGGCGUUUCUGUCGUUACUGGUGAAGUCCAAGGGCAUGAUUGUCAACCAAACAUCUUGUGCGUCGAUUGCUGCUAUACCAUUUGCAUCAAUAUAUUCGGCAUCGAAAGCUGCAAUGGCAAUGUUUUCGAAUACUAUGCGGCUUGAGCUGCAAGCCUUCGACAUUACCGUCGUUGAAUUAAAGACCGGAGUUGUACAAUCUAACUUGAUACAUAAUCAAAAGGAGAACAAGGAAUUGUCUUUGCCGGAAGACUCAAUCUACGCGCCUGCGAGAGAGCUGGUGGUGAAAGCGAUGCGACAAGAUGACUUUGAGGGUGUUGGUACGAGAUCGCAGCAGUGGGCAGAACUCGUUGUACAGGACUUGUUAAAGAACAGCCCGCCGCCGGUUAUUUGGAGGGGAGAACAGGCGAUGUUAGUUAGAAUUGGGACAUUGUUACCAUUCGGAAUGCUUGACGGAACAAUCAAGAAGAUGACAGGCCUGGACAAAAUUGAGGAGAAGGUGAAGAAUUAG